ACUGAUUUAAAUAUGACAACCAUACACCACCAUAUAUAUCGUCAAUCCUUUGGUUUUUCUUCUCCCUCAGCAAUAUAUCAUAUAUGAGAACCAUAAAUAGGUAGAUAGAUAUAUUCGACGAAAAAGGAUAGUCACAGCUCCCAGGCACAUCAUCCACGGCGAUCACCACAAGAAUCUUGUGGCUCGAGCCCAAAAAACCAAAACCAAAGGAAUCCACAUUCUCCAACCCAUCCAUCAAGCUCAAAAUGACCUAAUCUUCUGCUGCCUCCUGAUCGGCAAGAGGAGGGAAGUAAAUGAGGAAGAAAGACCGAAGAGGACAAGGGAUCAGCUAGGCAAAGCUGAAAAAAUCGGAAGCAGAGCAUCACAAUAAAGGUAUUCGAUCAAGAGCUCAAACUUACCAAUGUCGAUCUCACCAGAAUUGCCAUGGCGAGGUGCUGCUGCAUUCUUUCGCCAACCUGUGAACAGAUCUGAUGAACUUGCAGCUCAAUCCCUAAUAGAAGCAAUCUACAAUUAUAAUGUCAGGUGCUCGAUUUCAUCAAAUUUGCCUGCCAUUGAGUACAGAAGUAGUGAUGGAGAAAUAGAUAUCAUGCGCCAUGUGUUCCGAUGGGAUAAAGCUCCAUACAAAUAUGUCUUUCAAAAUGGAUUUGAAGCAAGGAGACAAGACAAAGACGCUCCUGAUGAAACUUAUUUCAAUUUGGAGCAUUAUGUAACUACCGGCGGGAGGCCUAUUGACACUCGAAGGGAUACAACUCAUGCCUAUGUUAGCACUACAAUAAGUAGUUCGUGGUAUCCCAGUGUCAACCCUGGCAGUGUAGAUCUCUUAUACCGUUAUGAGAUAUAUGCCCCCGGAGGAAUAUGGGUUUCUCAAACAUUGGGCAACAGAUAUAGCUACAGUGCUCAAGAUGAGGUUGCCUUUCCUGCCGGCAUUGCUACUCAAUAUAUUCGAUCAGCGCAAAUUUUUGAACUCACAAAUGCCAGCAAACAUACAGAACGCAGACGAGUGAAUACCAUUUUAUACAGAAACAAGAAUUUCAAUCCUAAUUCACAUCCAGAGAGGAGGCUCAGGAUACAGAGCCCAGUUUGCCAUUACAUGGAUGAAAAUAAUCAGAGGAAGAAACUAGUAAUUCAGGAAGUCCCAGAACGACAUUUGUCAGUGGACGAUGCAAAUGAUGAGGUAAAUGAGUACUAUACAGAGGGAGUCACUAAUGUUGACAACUACAUUGACUCAGCAUUUCGCUCUACACGGAAGAAUGAAGCCUAUAUUUUCAUCAAGGAAGAGAAUGUUAUCAUCAACUACGGUCCUGCAACAAGAGAUGACAAAAUAAUCAGCGGCCUAAGGUAUAUAGGCAAUAUUUUCCACUCUCUUGUGGGCACUUCUUUUGCCGAGCAUGGGAUAGAUGCGGCUUUUGGUUGCCAUGAUAAUGAUGGACUUUUCUGUCCUCGUAGUGAAGCCAUGAUCUUUUCUGGGAAUCUUUGUGCAAGGAUAAACUUUGCGCCACGGACCACUAGGGAUCGGAUUAUACAAGGUCCUAAAACCAUCUGGCAGAUGUUUCCCUUCUUCAAAGGGACCAAUUUUGUGAAUGGGAUAGAUGCUGCGUUUGAAUCCACUGUGGCCAGUGAAGCCUACCUGUUCAAAGGCUCAGAGUAUGCUCUCAUUGACUAUUCCAAGCUAAUCCUGAUAAAGAUGUGCGCCAUAACGGAUGAGUUCAAGUGCUUUCGUAACAGCGACUUGUUUGCAAGAGACAUUGGAGCUGCCCUUGCCUCUCAUGUGUCCAAAGACGCCUACCUGUUCAAGGAUAACAACUAUAUUCUGUUUAACUUUACCCCUAGGGAAACAAAUCACUAUAUCAUUGGUGGUCCGAAGGAGAUAGUUCCUAGAAACUGGCUCUCAUUGAAGGGCAUCCUGCCCCGCAAGAACAAGGGAGUUGACAUUUACAAGUUUACCCAACCAAACCCUGUGCGCGACCAGGACGACUAGUAAUGAGAUUUUAUUUAACUAUGCAUGCAAAGUGCGUUUGUUGAUUCUGAUUGUUCAUCUGUUAGUAUGUGUACUUUCCAGUGGGAGUUCCUUGCGUGGCUUGCUGAUCCACUUCCUGUUUGUGUAGCUAUUACCUUGCUGAUAAUAUCAUAUAUUGACUAGAUGUACUUCUUGUUGUGAUAUUUAGGCCAAUGGACUAUAUAUAGACACUUGUCUCUAAAUGGGCCACUAGGCCCAUCACAGGUGCAGCUUAAGAAGGAGCCCGCGUAGGAGGAGUCAUCUUAGUCUUAUAUUGCUUCUCAAUAAAAGAGAGGCAUCUCUACCACCCCAUAUAUCGAGAGAAGGGGUUCUCAAGUUGUACACUGUCAGAAAUCAAUAAAGUUGGGAGUCAUUGGACUA